AUGGUGCUCGGGAACGCGAACGAGGCGCUCGUGUACGCGUACGACACUUUGGACGUCUCCGACUUUUUGAACGGGAUCGUCGACGAGAUGUUCGCGCGCGCGGACGUCGACUUCACCGGCGCGAUCGAUUGGCGCGGGUUCCUCUCGUACGCGCGUUGUAACGCUUUUCUCACCGCGUGGUUCGGCGACCUCGGCGGCGCGGGCGGAGUCCUCUAG